CAGUGAAGUGAGCAGCUAAAAAGGAAAUGAAAACACCACUCGUCGACAGUCAGCUAUAGAAGUAGAUGUGCUCAUCCUGUUUCUGUGAAGUGUGCCAUGAUGUCUACUCGACUGCUUUUGCUUUUCUGUCUGACAGAACAUGUGUUUACCAAACAACUGCCUGAUGUGGACUGUGUGGUGGUGCAUCUCAAAUAUGUCCAGUGUUUCUGGAACAAGCUCGGGACUCCACAGAGCAAUUUCACCUUCUAUGGCUGGUUCCACUUUGAGAAACCAAUGACUGAAUGCACAAGCUAUUUGUCAGAAAAAGGCAUAAAUAUUGGAUGUAAUCAACCAUAUGCCGAAAAAAGCAACAGGUUCAAAACGUUUUACACCACACUCAAGGAUGGCAACAACAAUCACUCACAGACGCAUACACUUCGACAGAGAGUCAUGUUAUAUCCACCCACCAACCUGACUGUCCAAAUGGAGUCAGAUUUGAAUCUGUGGCUGUACUGGAACCAGACCAUCAGCUGUGUGGAGAGCGAAAUUCGCUAUAAGAUCAAUAACAAGGAGUGGGAUACAACUAAAGUCAGUACUGGGAAGCAGAGCCACUGCAUCAAUCUGCCCUGCACCCAAUGCAAGUAUGAGUUGCAAGUGCGAAGCAGAUUUGGAUACAGCUGUGCAGAGUCUCUGUUCUGGAGUAACUGGAGUGUUCCUGCGGCCUGGGGGUUUGACAACAGCCCAGACACUGAGCAGAUGAAGUCAAUGUCAGUGUGGACUCCAGUGCUUAUUGUGGUGGGCUUCAUCACCCUCAUCUUAUUGGUCAUGAUGUUGCUGCAUCAUGAUAGGCUCAGAAUCAUCCUCAUCCCCCUUGUUCCCAAGCCAGCCCUGAUUCCUCGUGACAUUGAGGAUUGGUUUCAACACUCUAAAGGCCUGGAAGACAGAUUUAAGCCGAACUACAACGAGCGUGCCUGUACCGUCCAGGAGUACACCCAAAUCUCCCAGUCUGACAGCGAGGGCUCUGUCAGCUCCACCUCCUCUGUCACCACUGACCAAUCCUACUGCUCAGUCCUCAUCUCUGCAGACGAGCCUGACCCUGCUCCCCUUCAAGCUCCAGAGGUCUAGGCUCAUCCAAGCAGGCUGAGCAGAUCUCUGAUGAGGCAUGUUAACAUCUAUGGGGGCGGCAGUAGCUCAGUCUGUAGGGACUUGGGUUGGAGAGGUGCCAGUCCACUUCCUGAGCACUGCCAAGGUGCCCUUGAGCAAGGCACCCACUGCCCUCUCCAUUAGUGCAUGUCUAUAGUAUUGUGCAUGUGCAUGUGUGUGUAUUUCAGCCUAUGUUUGUGUAGCAUGUUAACUAGUCAGAGUGUAAAAACAAAUUUCCCCCCGUGGGGAAAUUAUUUAUAUCAGGAUAGGGUCUCACAAAUCUUUACAAUCCAGACGUAAUUCUUCUAACAUAUCCUUCAUGACUGCAAAGAUUUAAAAAAUGUUCAAACAGUGAAGGGUUAGAUCCAUGAGACAUAUUUGGGCUUGUACAUAAACAUUCUCUAAGCAGCUCUCAGAAUCCAUGAGGAGAAACCACAUACCUGUUUUGAGGAAUUUAAGUGAUGUAUUUAAUUUUACAUUUUUUUUUCUACAUAAAGGCCAAGAUACUAGACUUAGCAAGUCAAUACUAAGCAGAUAACUUUGAUAAGUGUCUUUAAAAACAGUUCAUCAUUUGUAAUAUAUGCGAAGCUUCAUUUGAGUUGAGUGAUUCAGUUGCUAGUUAAAAAACACAAAUUCAAAUCAGGCUUCAUAUGAACUUUGGGGUUGCAAAUUCAGAAAAUAUAAGAGUGUUGUGAAUGUCCUUAAUAGCUUAUUAUCAUGUAUUACCUCAUACUUUAUGGCUAAUAAGAAACCCAUUAGUAGCCUAAAUCUCUUACAUCUCUUCUGUAUCAUUACUGAAACAUAAUCAAACAACCAGAAUAAACGCCUGCCAACGCCAUUUUUUUUAAAGACCUGACAACUAUUGAAAUGUUCUUAAGGUCAAAUGAUCCAACAAAAAAAAUAAUAUUAGUAAAUAACCAUGUAUUAAUGAGGCGAUUGUCUCCAAUAUAAUAAAAAGUGCCCUAUUUCAAAGUGGCAC